AUGCCCUGCCUGGCUGCAGGUGCCAAGAGGCGCUUCCUGGCCAGCAGCAGCAGCAGCCCUCCUCCCAAGGCCCAGGGGUUGGGCAGCCAGCUCCCAGAGGCCCGCACCCCAUCAGGCCAGGUGUCCACGGCCACCAGCACUGUGCCUCCCAAACUCAUAACCCGCGGCCCACCUGAGCAAAGUUCUCAGAAGCCUGUUCCUCCAAAAGAGUGUGGGGGCAAAGUGCCCGCCAUCACCCGUCAACGCCAUCUCAGCCUCUUUAUGGAUGAGGGUCUCAAGUUCUGCUCCUCCACCCAGGAUGUCACAGAGAAGGAGCUGAAGGAGGAGAAGGCGGCCUACCACCAGAGCCCCAGCAAGAGGAUGGACCAGGACGUGGCCGCAAACACCUUCCACAAGAUGCAGGGCCUGGAACCCGGCCCUGAAGCUGGUCUCCACAAGACCCGUGACAGAGGGGCUGUGUCCCAGGAGGUGGUGCUGGGGAGCAAGUUGGCCGCCCAGACCAGCUUCUCACUCCAGCGCCCGAACAGCCCCCCUGAAGAGGAUCCUUUGCCAGGGGCCACCCUGUACCAGCGCCUCAAGGAGCACCUGCUAACCCAGGCCCAGCUCAAGGAGAAUGGCUACCCCUUCGUGCACCCCAAGCGGCCCGGGGGCGCUGUCCUCUUCACCACCCAAGAGAAGCCGCCCCAAGAUGCCUCUUGCAGGCUGUGCUGCCGCUGUGGCAACCAGUACCUCGUGGCCCGAAGGGGCCACUGUGUGCACCAGGAAGAAUGUCACUACCACUGGGGGCGGCUGCGCCCCACUCCAGUGGCUGGGGGCUGGGAGAUUCAGUACACGUGCUGCUCGGCCCCCAUCGGCUCCCCUGGCUGCCAGGUGGCCCAGCAGCACGUGCAGGACGGCCGCCAGCAGGACCUGCAGGGCUUCGUGCAGACCUUGGACAAAGAGCUGCCCCCAGGGGCUCACCCCGGCAUCUACGCCCUGGACUGUGAGAUGUGCUACACCACCUCUGGCCUGGAGCUGACCCGCGUCAGCGUGGUGGACAGCGCCCUGCGGCUGGUGUACGACACCUUCGUCAGGCCGGACCGCGACAUCGUCGACUACAACACCAGGUUUUCCGGAGUCACCGCGGCUCACCUGGCCCACACCAGCACCUCCAUCCGCGACGUCCAGGCCGCCUUGCUGACGCUCUUCAAUGCCCACACCAUCCUCAUCGGACACAGCCUGCAGAGCGACCUGCUGGCCUUGAAGCUCAUCCACGGCACCGUGCUGGACACAUCUGUGCUCUUCCCGCACCGCCGCGGCCUCCCCUACAAGCGCUCCCUUCGCAACCUCACGGCUCACUACCUCAGACACGUCAUCCAGAACCGGAUGGAUGGCCACAACUCCAGCGAGGACGCCAGCGCCUGCAUGCACCUGGUCAUCUGGAAGAUGGGACAAGACGCCAAGACUGAGCGCUGACCGCAGCCCAGCAUUUUGUGGACAGGACUAUGACUUUGGAAAGAGCUUUGUGAUCACAUAUAUCUCUU